UGUUUGAUUUUCUGUCAGACAAAAUUAAUUAUUUCCUCUUAAUUUAUUAAGUGCAGUAAAUCUCUCUAGUAUUCACCAAAACUCCAUUUUCAGAGAAUUUUCACUUGUUUUGGAGCACCUCAAUAUAAAAUCUUUUCACAGUACGCUGUCCCCUAAAAAUGAGACUUGACUUUUAACUUCUUCUACAUUCUAGAUGAGACGGCUACACUUUAACUGGUGCUGACGUGAGACUUCAUCAUCGUGGUGAGAUGCUGUUGCCACUUUGUCUCCUCCCUUUCCUGCACCAGACUCAGAGUUAUUGUCAGUCAGCAGCUGUGGUUUUCAACAUGAACAGUUUUUUAAUAUCAGUUAUUAUUGCACUGUUGGGGAUCAACGGGGCAUCACCAAAUCAAAAUGAAAAUGUUCAUCAGACUCCGACUGAUCUCCUGAAGAACAUAACUGAUGGAGACAAGCUGACCUGUAAACACAAAGUCAAGAGCUACGACACUAUUGUGUGGUAUCAUCGCCCAGCAAGAGACACCUCUCUGAAGCUAGUUGGUUUUACAAGUUAUAAGGAAAUUCAGACUGUGGAGAAACCCUAUGAGGGCUUAUUCAGCGUGAGUGGAAAUGGAGAGGUUGAAGCAUUCCUGCACUUGGGCAAACUCAGGCACCCUGAAAACAGCGGGCAUUAUUUCUGUGCAGUUUCUAGUCCCACCACAGCAGAAAAGCCUGAAAUUCCUCUACAAAAACCUUCAUCUGACCCUGAACACCUGCAGCAAACCACAUGCCCACAAACCUUUGCAGACAGUGGGAGGAGCUGCGCUGGAGAAGUUGACAGAAAGAUACAGCGAAUUCUAGUCCUUUUCAAAUGCUUGAGUUCAGCUGGGAUUCGAGCUGGUUUAUCACAUUCAACAUGAACUGGUCUCAUCUCUUCAUACACAUCAUCAUCUGCAUUACAGGAGUGUCCCUCGAUAAAGAAAUAAAGGUUCUUCAAACUCCAGAGCAGCUCCUGAAGCCGCCAAAUGAGGAAGUCAGGCUGACCUGCAAACAUAAAAACCAAAACUUUAACACUAUUUUGUGGUAUCAGCGCUCCAAAGGAGACACUGCUCUGAAGCUGAUUGGCUUCAUGUAUUAUCAGUCUCCAACUAUUGAACCAUCAUUUGUAGGUCAGUUCAACAUUAGUGGAAAUGGAGAGAGUGCAGUGGAUCUUCACAUCCUGAGACCGAGACACCCUGAACACAGCGCAGAGUACUUUAGUGCCGCAAGUAAUAAUUGUAUCCAAACAUCCACAGCUCUGGUCAGCAGCAUCAUAUUUCAUCAAAGUCUUCCUCAGAUUGUGAACGUGAGCUCUAAGGUCCGCAUCGCAUGCAGCCACGGUGACGGGACCCGCCUUGUGAUGCUCUGGUACCAGCAAAGAACAGGCAGUCCGUCUAUGACCCUCAUUGGGUUUGGAUAUGGCACAGGAGACCCGACCUACGAGGAUCAAGCCAACUGUGUGAAAUUCCAGCAACCUCAGUCCAGGAUAGUCAACGUAGGCGAAAGAGUAGAAAUCCAAUGCAGCCACGAUGAUGACAGUUUAUACGUGAUGCUCUGGUACCAGCAAAGGGAUUAUGGAGCGAUGAGCUUAAUUGGAUAUAGCUAUGACACAAACAAACCCGACUAUGAGCCGGCGUUUCAGAAUCACACCGAGAUUUUGAGAGAGACAAGAACCUCCCUGGACCCCAGCCUGCCUUUCCUGGAACCCUUUUGGAUGAGUGAGAGUGUGACUGAGGCACAGCGUGGAUCUUUUGGGCCGAGUGUGUUUCUUUCACGAGUGGAAGUAAAUUUGGAGAAAUUUGAAUUUUUCAUAAAGAGAAAAAAAAAAGAUCAUUUCCAGCUGUUGAUAGCACAAACAAUUUUUACUACGCUGCAUAUCAGUGUGGCAAACUACAACCCUGCUUACUUUGGUACUGGCACCAAACUGACAGUUUUGGCACCAAAUAGAACAGCUGAGCCACCAAAGGUGAAAGUGUUUAAACCUUCAACAAAGGAGUGUCAAAAUGAAAAAGACAAGAAAAACAAGAAGACCUUGCUGUGUGUGGCCUCUGGUUUCUAUCCGGACCAUGUGAAUGUGUCCUGGCAGAUUGAUGGGGUGGACGUCAAAGAUGGCAUCGCCACCGAUCACUCUGCCCACUGGAAUGGUACCCACUACCGCAUCACAAGCAGGCUGAGAGUCUUAUUUUCACAGUGGUUCAAACCAGGCAAGAAUUUCACCUGCACCGUCGACUUCUUUGAUGGGGAGCAGACGGUUCCUUCUGUAGGCUGGGUCGCAGGCAUUCGAAAUCCAGGAGCUGCAGCAAUAAGAAACAAGUAUCUGAAGACCACCCACAAUGCCAAGCUGUCAUAUCUGGUUUUGAUCAUCAAGAGCAGCAUCUACGGACUCUUUGUGAUUAUCCUGGUGUGGAAACUUCAGGGGUUUUCAAGAAAACCAGAGAAAUGAGAGCUGAGCUGAACGACUGAGCUGCUUUCUGUGAAAACAAAAACAUUCACAGUAUCCUAAAGCUUUGCUUUCCAUUUGACUUUCUUCCAUUUAGUAUACAAAUAAGUGCACAUCCUGUGCUGUUAUUAGUUAUUAUUCUGUUAGUUUGUGUAAGUGCUUUGUGCUCAGUUUGCUUCUUAAUAAAAGUACUCCUUAAACACA